ACACUGACUGUAAAAAUAUUUCAACGUUUAAAAUUAUAACCAUACUGCCGUAUCAACUCUUGCACUGGCCUCUCUGCCUCGUCUUAGACUUGCACUGGGUUCAACAGUUCAGGACUGACUUCACACAUUGAGCUCGUUGUGUUGGACUCAAUGGCAGAUCAAGAUCAAGACGUCAUCUCAUACUUGCUGUACAGUGUGCUGGACUGUAGUGAACCGUUUUGACUGUGACACCUCCGCUCUUUAUAUAGUGUCCCCGCUAACCUUCUGGCUGAUCACAUGAUCACUCCAUUCAACGUGCCUGAGUACUAUUCACAACACAGAUCCUUCCCGAACUGUCCCUCACCACGGCUGGCCGCUGAAACUCAUCUAGCACUGGCCUGGGGUGAUUAGCGUUUGCUAAAAACACACAUCACUACCCCAUCUGUGUCACCACCAGGUGAAAUAAUUUUGACAAUGAAGCUGGAGACAUUGAAAGAAGUGAGGCAACUUCAGAGUCAGCCAUCAAAAAUUAGAAAUAUAUGUAUCCUUGCCCAUGUGGAUCAUGGAAAAACUACAAUAGCUGAUUCCUUGGUAGCCAGUAAUGGCAUCAUCUCUAAAAGAAAUGCAGGAAAGAUUCGGUACAUGGACAGUCGACCAGAUGAGCAGGAAAGAGGAAUCACCAUGAAAUCAAGUGCAAUCACUCUUAUCUAUGAUAAAUCUUCCAAAAAGACAGACAACAACCCAUCAUCAGAUCAUUAUUUAAUCAAUUUGAUAGACUCCCCUGGCCACGUUGACUUCUCAAGUGAAGUUACUACUGCAGUUCGACUGUGUGAUGGAGCCAUAGUUGUAGUUGAUGUUGUCGAAGGAGUAUGUCCUCAGACCCAAGCUGUAUUGCAGCAAUCAUGGCUAGAAAAUAUAAGACCAAUAUUGGUGCUGAAUAAAAUUGAUCGUCUCAUCUCUCAGCUCAAAAUGACACCUAUUGAAGCUUAUUAUCAUUUAAUACAAAUUUUAGAGCAGAUGAAUUUGUUUACAAAUCAACUGUUUACUUCUAAUGCCAUGGAAAAGUUAUCCUCUGAAACGGACAAGGAAAGCAAAGGAGUUGAAAUUAAUUCAUAUGACUGGACAGUCAUUGAAGAUGAGGAAGAUCACAAAAAUAUUUUUUUCUCACCAGAUCUGGGAAAUGUCAUUUUUGCCAGUGCACUUGAUGGCUGGGGAUUUAGAUUAGGUGACUUUACUCACUUGUAUGCAACCAAAUUAGGUGUGGAAGAGGAAAUUCUUCACAAAACAAUGUGGGGUGAUUACUAUAUAAACAUGAAAGCUAAACGCAUCAUGAAAGGUGCCCAGUCGAAUGGGAAGAAACCUUUGUUUGUUCAGUUUGUGUUAGACAAUAUUUGGUCAGCAUAUGAUGCAGUGCUAGAGAAGAAGGAUGCUGCCAUGACUGAAAAAAUUAUCAAGUCAUUGGAGCUUAGUAUUCCACCAAGAGACACACGUCAUAAAGAUCCAAGAGUUUUGCUUCAAGCAAUAAUGGGUCUCUGGUUACCGUUAUCUAAUGCCAUAUUAGAUACUGUUACAACAUGUCUUCCGUCCCCAUUGGAGAUAUCAGAUGAAAGAGUACAACAACUUAUGUGUAAUAAAAGCCAACAAUUUUCUUCACUUCCCAAGGAGACUCAGGACUUGAAGAAGGAUUUCCAAGCAUGUUCUUCAUCAUCUGAUGCUCCAGUCAUUGUUUAUAUCUCUAAAAUGUUCCCUAUGGAUAAGACUAGCCUCCCUCAGAACAGAGCUAGGCCUCUCACUGAUGAGGAGCUGCAGCAUAGACGAGAUGAAGCUAGAAAACGCCAUGCUGCCAUGCAGCAAGAAAAAUUACAAAGUAUUUCAUCAGAAAAUGAUAAUUUAGCUGCCAAGCCUCUUACUACAAAUUUGUCAGGCACAGCAAAAGUCACAGUCAAUGAUGAGAAUGAUUAUGUCUUUAUUGCUGUUGCAAGGAUUUUCAGUGGAACUUUGAGAAAAAAUUCCACAGUUUUCUUUCUGGGCCCAAAACAUAAUCCAGGGGAAGCUUUUAGUGAGCUUUGUUCCCUGUCCCCUGAAGAAUUUCAGAGUAGGCCAGAGCUUCAAGUUAAUUAUCCCCACAUUAUAGCUGUGCAUAUUAAAGAUCUGUACCUCCUCAUGGGAAGAGAGCUUGAAGCUCUAGAUGAAGUGUCAGUUGGCAAUGUGUUUGGUAUUGGAGGACUUGAAUCAAUUGUCCUGAAGUCAGGAACUCUCUCUUCCACAGUGGCAUGCCCAGCUUUUACAGAUAUGUUUUUUGAUACCUCUCCCAUUGUCAGAGUAGCUGUUGAACCAGCCAAUGCAUGUGACAUGAAUGCCCUUAUCACAGGCUUGAAACUACUCAACCAAGCAGAUCCUUGUGUAGAGGUCAGAGUUCAGGAAACUGGUGAGCAUGUGAUCAUUGCUGCUGGAGAAGUGCACUUACAAAGAUGUAUUGAUGAUCUCAGAGAAAGGUAUGGCAAAAUAGAAGUGAAUGUUUCUAAACCAAUUGUGCCAUUCCGAGAGACGAUAGUACUUCCCCCUAAAGUAGACAUGGUUAAUGAAAGUAUACAAGAUCAAGGAGAUGAUGAUGACAACAAUGGAAUUAUACAAGCAUCAACAAUAAACAGGCAGUGCCAUUUGCUAUUAAGAGCAGCUCCAUUGCCUGGUGAAGUUGCUGAGAUCUUGCAUCAAAACCAACAACAUUUAAAGUUAUUGGAUUCUAUGACAUCAAGUUCACAGUGUGCACUAUCAGGCAGUGCUAAAGAAACAUUUUUGGCCAUCAAGCAGAAGCUGAAAGAAGAAUUUGAAAAGGCUGGACCAGAGUGGAGUGGGGCAGAAAAUUGUAUCUGGUGCUUUGGUCCACGAAGAUGUGGCCCUAAUAUUUUACUCAACCACGUGAAGUGCUAUAACAGGCCUUCAGUGUGGCAGCCUCUUGAGCCAAGUGAGCAGGAGCCCUCCAAGCUGGUUGAGUUUGAUAACAGUAUAGUCACAGGCUUUCAGUUAGCGACACUGGCUGGACCACUGUGUGAGGAGCCCAUGCAUGGAGUUUGCAUCAUAGUAGAAGACUGGUGGUAUGGAGAGAAAACAAAGUCACAUGACUUGACUCAAUCUACAGUGAAUACUGAAGAAAAUAUAGACAGUGUAAACAAAAGUUUAUCACAAACAGCACUUUCAGACAGUAUACAAAGAAUGGAGUCAGAAAAAACACAGCCCUCAAAGCAUACAUCUGUAAUCCCAGGUUUUGACUCAGUGCAAUUACAGGACAGUAAUUAUGGACCAUUAUCAGGCCAAUUGAUCUCCUCAGUAAAAGAUGGCUGUCGUAGAGCUUUUCAAGCACAACCUCAGAGAUUAAUGGCAGCUAUGUAUAGCUGUGAAAUUCAAGCAAAUAUGGAUGUUUUAGGAAAACUUCAUGGCGUGUUAGCUAAACGUUAUGGUCAAAUUUUAUCUGACGAUCUGAUGGAAGGCACAGCAAUAUUCAAUAUCAAGGCAGUGCUUCCUGUCAUUGAAAGUUUUGGUUUUGCAGAGGACAUGCGCAAAAAAACAAGUGGCCUUGCUUCCCCACAGCUUAAAUUUUCACAUUGGGAAGUAAUCCCAGUUGAUCCAUUCUGGGUGCCAACAACAGAAGAAGAAUACAUGCAUUAUGGCGAGAAAGCUGAUGCUGAAAACAGAGCCAGAGUUUAUAUGAACCAAGUGCGUAAAAGGAAAGGAUUGUCCACAAAUGAAAAAAUUGUGGAGUUUGCUGAAAAACAAAGAACUUUGACGAAAAAUAAAUAAUUUUUAAUAUAUAAAA